UUGUCCCCUGACAGAGUGCUAGAGACCACCUCCCUGAAGGAAAGAAUGGCCAAGUACCAGUCAGCCGUUACCAAAAAGGGCCCACUAGCACGCACUGUGAGUUUGCGUGCGUGUUUGUUUAUUAUAGAUGUUAUCCUACAGUUUUUACACACUCCCCCCCUCUCACAUUGUUUAGUCUCCUCUAUUUAAGAGAGACUAGAGACACCGUUGAAUCAGUCACCAGACCUAAAUGUCCUUUUUAGAAAGUGGUCCUCUGCUCUUGUUUAAUAGUCCAGAAAUCUUGGUCACACCACAUUACAUUUUUACAUUUGAGUCAUUUAGCAGACGCUCAUAUCCAGAGCGACUUACAGUUAGUGUAUUUAUCUUAAGAUAGCUAGGUGGGACAACCACAUAUCACAGUCAUAGUAAGUACAUUUUCCCUCAAUGAAGUAGCUAUCAGCAAAGUGAGAGCUAGUAAGAAAUAAAUAAAACAUCCAAGGCUAAUGUAAGGAUAGUGUAAAUGGAAAAGUUGCUAAUCUAAUGUCAAAGAAAGAUAGAUCUUACUUCACAUAUUUUGUAAAGAUGGCCAUGGUUUGGCAUUUCAUGUCUGUCUUAUCACUGUGUUCUUCUACAGGCCAGUCAAUCAGAGGGAGAGGAUAGCAGCCUGAAGGAAAAUGUGCCCCCUAGUGGUGUGGCUGUGGUCAGUACCUAUGUGUGUGUGCCCAUGCAUUUGUCUGUGAGAGAGAGUUGGUUUUGAGGUGGGUACGUGAGAGAGGGAGCGACUGAGGGAACAUAGUGAGUCUUUGAGAUAAACGAUAAACUGUGUUUGUGAAGAUUAGUUAAUUGGAUAGGGUAGCAGCGUUUAAACAGAUACACACUGUAAACCAAUCAAAGCUGAUAUGCUGUGAGUAAAUUAACAUACAAGACUGAACUUAGUCUCCUAAAAUACCUGCUCUUAAACAUGAAUACACAGUGACUGUAAACUCUUUCAUAUGGAUUUUUUUAAACUACUUUACAUGGAUGAACAAGCUAUACUGUUUUUUGGAUUGCUAUAACAAGGUUCUCUCCUUUUUCCCACUCAGAGCCAGGCUUUAGAGUCCUACAGCAGAAAAGUUGCUGUAGCAGAGACCAAUGGUGAGUCAGCUUUAAUUUCCCUCCCUAUCUCUCAUGAUGUCAACCCCACAGCUCUCGGUUGGGGGUGCCGGGGACAGAACCUCACCCAGCGGGGCAACGGCUGCUCUCACCUCUGAUUGGUCCUCUGUAUUCUAGGUUAAAGGGCAGAGAGGGGUGGAGCCACGACUGAGUCGUUACUCUGAGUUACUGCUCUGUGUCUAGUGAAAAGCCUGGCUGCUUUUUUUCAAUUGUUAUAUUGCUCUGCCCAACUGUGACACUGACCUCCUCUGGAGUCAAGAUGAGGUCCCUGUAGUCUGACCGGUAUGUUAUGUGUUUGGUCUGUUUCAGGGGAUGGCAUGGACACAUCUAGCUCUAAGGGUAGUACCUCCUCUUCAUCCUCGGCCCACAGUGACUUGCCCAAGGCAGCCAGAGUGAGUUCUCUCCAUAGCCUCCAUCACAAUGACGCUUACAACUGUAUUAAAUCAAGGAUAUCAAUAUAAAAUCUGACAGCAAGAGUUGUUACUGACAACCACAAUUCAGUGUAUGAAAGGCAAAUCCUUAAAGUGUAAGUUUAUGUGUGUGUGUGUGUGUGUGUGUGUAGAAGUUCUGCCUUCCCAUGAGGGAGACGUGCAUUGCGUGCCUAAAGACGGUGUACCCGCUGGAGAGGCUGGUGGCCAACACCCAGAUCUUCCACACCUCCUGCUUCCGCUGUCUCCACUGCAACACCAAGCUCCGGUACUAGUAGGGAUGCUGACUCACUACAGGACAGUUCAAAUAACAUUAUAUUGUCAUUUUGUCAAAAUGUACUUUUUCAUACAAAUGUCACAUUCCAAAACAUUUAGAAAACAUUAGGGAAAGAACAAUGAACAUGUAAAAAAAGUAUUGUCUAUCGUGCAUUAUAAUACUAUCUUUACAAUAUGCCUUUUUAAUUGGAUUUAUCCCAAGCUGAAUCGAUUGGAGUAACAUUAGCUUUGAAAUGUACAUUUGUUUCAGUGACCGGUGUCUUGUCUGCAUCUACCUAACACAUGUUUUUGUGGUUCUUUGCUGCUCUCUGCUGUUCAGCCUGGGGAGCUAUGCCUCUCUGCACGGUAAUGUCUACUGCAAGCCCCACUUCAGCCAGCUGUUCAAGGCCAAAGGCAACUACGACGAGGGCUUCGGCCACCGCCCCCACAAGGACCUGUGGACGCCCCGCGCCGAGGGAGAGGAGGAGGAGGAAGAAAAAGGAGUAGACCGGGAGGUGGAGAAGAGGCCUAAGGAGCGGGCAGAAAGAGCGGUGGUGGUGUCCCGUCCAGCCGAGACACCACCCUCCCCAGCCAAACAGUCCAGCCCCACGGUGGAGGAGUCUCCCCUGGCCAAGGUGACAGACCUGACUGCCUCUCUUGAGACACACAGCCACACUUCCUCCACCGAGAAACUCUCCACCGCCGAGAAAAUACCAGAGGCCCACAGGCUGAGGGUUGCCUGGCCCCCUCCUGCUGACAUUGAUGCUGGGGCCUCUCCUGCUCUGGAGGCUGGUGGUGGUGUGGGCCGGCCCUGGAGGGCCAAGUGGCCCCCGGAGGGCGAGGUGUCAUCGUCCACCCUGAGCCCCGACAGGGCCGAGCUGAAGAGCCUCAGGAGGAGCUCGUCUCUGAAGGAGCGUAGUCGGCCCUUCUCGGUGGCCCCCAGCCUCACCACAACCAAUGCCCUGGGGCCACGGGAGCCCCGCCGGCCCCUCAAAUCCCUGCUGGAGAGGAGGGGGUCGCUGGAGGACAGCCAAUCCACGCUUAAGGAACCAGAACCCCAACCCCAGAGGGGGAGAGAGGAGGAAAAAGAGGGGAGCAAGCCCACCCCGCCCAGCGGCAGUGCAGUGAACGGAGAGACCAGCUGUAAGGAGGUGGCGAGUCUGCCGGCGAUGCAGGAGAAGAGAGAAGAGCCGAUGAAGAAAGGAAAAGAAGCAGCAGAAGAGGAAGAGGCUUCUCUAAAAUGCCAAAGUGCCUCUCCAGACAUCCUAGCAUCUCCGCCCCCGCAGCCCAAACACAACCGCAGCUCCCAGGACGUGGGCUUCUGGGAGGGGGAGGAGGGGGGGGGAGGAGGGGAGGGGGAACAGCUCACCGUAGAGGAGAUGAUCAAAAGGAACCGCUACUAUGAGGAGGAAGAGGAAGAUGACGUCUGA